UUGACAGUGAUGUUAUUGUUUACAGUGAGAUAGUGACACAGCACUACGCGUCAGUACCGGUAACCCCAGGCUAGUACUUAAAGACUGAUUUAUCUACUUAUUUAAAUUUAUUUUUUUAAAUUCACUUUAAGUAGCAUUUAACUUAUAUUUAUAUCCAUAUUAGUUUAACGAUACGCGUUAAACCCAUUUUUUUUUUAAAGUUUUGUGUACUAGCUGUCGGUAAGCUAGCUAGCCGGUUAGCUCUUGGUGGAUGUGAGUCAGCUAACUUCAAACUAAGUUAGCUGCAGUUGUCAUUUUGAAGAAAUCCCUUUGUGUUACCAUGGAUCAGGCUGGCUCCUUCCCAGUGAAACUCUACAUUUACGACCUGUCCAGAGGCAUGGCCCGCCAGCUGAGUUCUCUCAUGCUAGGGAAACAGCUUGAUGGGGUUUGGCACACUGCUAUUGUGGUCCAUGGAAAGGAGUACUUCUUUGUUGGAGAAGGCAUCAACAGUUGUUCACCUGGUGGCACCCCCUUGGGUGAGCCCGACUCGAUAGUGGACCUGGGCUACACUGAGGUUCCUGCAGAGAUCUUCACUGAAUAUCUGACUUCACUGGCGGAGUCCACAUACGGAGGUGAUAAGUACAACUUGUUCGAGCACAACUGCAACACUUUCAGCAACGAGGUGGCUCAGUUCCUAACAGGCAAAAAGAUCCCAUCGUACAUUACAGACCUUCCAUCCGAAGUACUGUCCACGCCAUUUGGCCAGGCUCUUCGUCCUUUACUGGAUUCCAUCGUCAUAAAUCCUGGAGGCAGCAACAUAACUGGACAGCGAUAGACAGGGCUGUGUAAAAUAAAGAAGAGAUUUUCAUUUAAAGGCUUGGGUGAGAGUGGGACAUUCACCACCAGCCACCAGUCAGACCUUGAUAACAUCUGUGCCUGUGACUGACAGGUUGAUCUGUGCUGCCAGUCACAUUUCCAUCUAACCAGCUAUCAUUUGGAUGCUCUCCUCUAUUCCCAUUCAGGGUCUUUUCCUGCUCAUUCUACAUGUCAAAUACGUCAGCCACAGGGGCUGAAAAGAAUUGUGGGUUUCUAUUGUGGGUGUGAUAAAUCAGGUGCAUCUACGGGUUUGCGUGUUCUUAAAUUUAAAAGUACUUCCCCUGGUUGAAUCAAAUCAUUUUAAAAUGAUUAUGUUAAGCUGGAUUCAUCCUUUUCCAAAUAUACUUCUUCAUUGUUUACUAAGGUGCUUCAGCGUGGCAGUCUCUAAGGAAGUGUUCAACAGUUGGAUGACCUGUUCAGAAACAGAUUACCAUGAUCAGAGAAGAUGACAAUAACAGAUUCAUUUCUAGCUGCUUAAAAUGUUAACAUGUUAAAAAGACUGCAUGACUUUAUAAAAUGUUGUUUCCUUGAUUUAUACAGAACUUAUGUAUAAUCAGCUCUUACCUUACUAGCACUGUACCAGCAAAGCCUGACUAAUCCUGUCAUACCUUAGCCUUAUGACGCUCUUACCAAACAUCAGCCUUGUCUUUCAGCCUCUCUGUCACCACAUGUCAAUGACAGCUGAGUCUUUGGGAAACAGAGUGGAGUUUAAUGCCUCUGAUAAGAUGCCUCCUUGUGGUCAUUCACACUGACCACAUAAAUUUUUGUUUACCGUGCACAUCUGGGCUUCCGAGUUGUAAGCCUCUGUCCAUCAUUGGGGACAGUGUUAAUUGCAGCUUAUCACGAUUCUCCUGAUGUUUGGGCAAAGUUAUGCUCCAGCCUGUAUUUUAAAUGGGUGUUAAUGGGUCUUAUAGUGUCUCCAAGGUUUUGUAAUCCUCUAAAUUUUUCUUUUAAAACUCCAUCUGGCUCUGUAUGGAAAAACUAAGACACAACAAGACCGUAAUGGUAAACAAGGGGCCAGUUUGGGCUUAAUUCGGUAGGUCAUGAUAAGUUACCACAAUUAUUCCGCAAUGCCACAAUGUUAAGAAAUUCUUCCUGAAUCUGCACCUUGAUUCAGACUGGCACCAAAAACUAGUCUCUUGUUGUUUGUUCGAUGGUCACAUUUUUUUUACUAAGUUGCACUGCGUACAAACAAGGCCAGAAAUGUAACCUCCUUGGCAGAAGUGUUCUCCAGUCAGACACUGCAUUGGACCAGUUUCUUUCCCAGUGAGCUCAGGGUCAUCUGAAUGUAAGCUGAAUGUGUUUUAUUACCCAUGUAGCUUGCUGCUGCACAGGUAUAUUAAUGGUUAAUUCUUGUUGAACCAUUCUCCUUAUCACUCCUCAUUUUAAUGUGCCAUUUCCGGUUUCGAUUGUGUUUUUUUUUCCUGUGGGCAUUAUUAUGACAAGACUGCACUCCAAGGUCAAGGCCAGAGUAAACUGGCCUUAAGUUAAAGCUAAAAAGAAGGAAACAGUGUCUCAGUAAAGUAGUUCCUGCUGACUUGUCUCAGUGUUUGGGAUUCUAGAAAAUACUCUUUUUUUUUAACCAAAUGUAAGGUGUUAUCUCUCGUGUGUAUAAGCGUGUAACCUCUGAGAUGCUUGAUUCAUUCAAGAACAUCUAAUGACCACAGAGCAUAAGAUUGUUCUUCUUUUUGAAAUAUGGGACCAAUCAUCUGUGCAUCAUGUCUGACAAUUGUGUCUGGUAAUGUUGAAGUAUUUGUUUGUUUAGUUUGUUUAGUUCUUUAGUUCUUUACACAACUAGGCCAGGCACAGUAAAUGAUAUAUACAGCAGGUGUUAAGCCAACAGCCACUUAACUCUAUUAUGAUGCGGCCAUAAAUUCUGCCUUAAGGAAAAACCUAUUGUUGAUGCCAUUCAGUUUUGUUCUCAUUUCAUUCUCAUUUCAGGAUAAAACCUUUUGUGAGUUACAUUCCCAAACAGCUUCCUUGGAAUUAUUAUUAUUAUCUUAUUUGGAAUAUACUUAUUGUUAUUACACCUUCUUGAUCAUGCUUAAAGGGUGUCUGCAGUUAAUAAGUAUUAAAUCUAAUUUUGCAAAUACAUGCACAUGUGAAUUUCCCCUGCUCUUUGUUCAGUGUGUGACAUUUGAAACUUGACUCACGUUGUGACAUUAAAAUAUAAUAAUCCUUAUACAGUCUCCUG